GCAUGAAUGUUGGAGUUUGAUUUGAGGCUACCGUGCUACAACAGCUUUUGUUUGUCAAAGUAAGGAGCCGAAAGGAAGUUCACACCAUCUUUCGAAAGUCAAAACCUAAGCCAACAAUCCCGCCCAACUCCGCCAUGAAAUCUGUUGCCUGGUAUCUAGUGUGGCUCAGCCCGGCAUUAGCAGCAUGGGAAUUUCCACGCGGACCGCAGGUGCCCCUUGGCGGCUCCCAUGUUUGGCACGCUGACGAUGUCGACAUAAUAACGGGUAGUCAGUUCAAUGGGUUAAAGACUUUUGGGAACCUGCCGUAUGUCAAUUGCUUCUCGGACGAGCAGGCAGCGAUCAAAGGCAACGGCUAUGACAUUGCCGUGAUGGGAGCCCCGUUUGAUACGAGUACUACAGGGAGACCUGGGACACGCUAUGGGCCUCAGGGGAUACGGACGGGCAGUCAGAGGAUUUUUGCAAAGGAGUUGUGGAGCAUCUACACAGGCAAGAAUCUGUUUGCAUCUGGGGCAUCCAUCGUCGACUGUGGGGAUGUCACGCUUACAUGGCUGGACAACAAUUAUGCAUUGAAGCAGUUGGAUAAGGCUCACAGGGUCGUUUCGGGGAGGGUUGCGGCCAACACUUCCAUCUCAAAGACACCGAGGAUCCUAACACUGGGCGGCGACCACACCACCACACUCUCUGCCUUACGGUCGACAUAUCAACGAUUUGGACCAGUCUCUGUGAUUCAUAUGGAUUCCCACAUCGACACCUGGGAUCCUGCCGUCCUUGGCGGCGGAAUAUCUGAUUAUGCCGGUUUGAACCAUGGAACAUUCUUGCACAUAGCCCACGAGGAAGGGCUCAUCAAAAACACGUCUAUCCAUGCUGGGAUUCGCGCCCCUCUUAUUCGGCGACAGGGAGACUUGAGAAACGACCUUAGAUGCGGCUUCACCAUCAUCACUGCUCGAGAUUUGGAUAGACUUGGCGUUUCCGGCAUGAUCUCCCGCAUCAAGGAAAGGGUAGGCGACUCCAAGGUGUAUAUCAGUAUUGACAUCGACGUCCUUGAUCCUGCCUUUGCACCGGCAACAGGCACUGCCGAGCCCGGGGGCUGGUCCACACGAGAGCUCCUAAGCAUCCUGGACGGUCUCACUGGACUGUCCGUCGUUGGAGCCGACGUCGUCGAAGUUGCCCCGGUCUAUGACAAUGUGGGCGAGACUACGGUCCUGGCUGCGGCGGAGGUGGGCAUGAGCCUCCUCGGGCUGAUGGUGGACACACCAGUCAAGUCCAAAUAGGAAGAGAACGGCACCUAGGAAUAUGCAUGGUCCAUAUCACGUAAAUCACCUGCACUUCGAAUUUUGAGCGGCUAGCGAUGCAGGUAAGGGAAGAGCAGGAGGCAAAAAGCAAUUCCGACCAGUUAUCGAGGCUCCGACCUCGGCAAUAGCCCCGACACGCCGACCAUCUGAUGCUUGGGCAUCCAUCAUUCGAUUCAAUCAGCUCAAUCCUCUUCGCUGCCGCCGCUGCGAUUCAUGGACAAGCUGGUGGCAGGGUUGAUGAAUGGCUGAGAAAUGGCGGUUGACGUGAAUUCGCUAUGGUGAGGGCUUGGGUACCGGGGUUCCGUUGUAGAGGGUGCGAACGACACUUCGCCUUUUCUGCAUAUCGGGACCGUAUAAUUGAGAGGCAUUGGAUUACUUCGCGGUGGUUUUAGUGGCUUUUUCUGAUAGCGCGUUUGAUCCUCUUUUUGCGGUCCAUCGGCGCCGAUUGCGGUUGCACUAGAUGAAGUCAUUGUUUGCCAAUACAUAAAACAAAAUAAAAAAAUCUUUUCCCUGUGGUAUCCCA